CGGCCUCAUCAUCAUCAGAGCCUCUGCCAGGCAUUGCCGAGCCAGACUACAGCAAGUUCGAAAACUGGAUCCCAAGAUUCAUCCACCCAGAAAAGCCAUGCGACUACUGUAGAUCGAAACGUCUGGCCUGCUACAUGCAGCGAGGCGAGCCGUUCUGUACGUCGUGUGCCGUCCUGUUCAGGGAAUGCUCCUUCACCAAGUCGAAUACGCUGGAGUCGAUGAACUAUGCCGACAAAGAUCUGGGGACUUUCCUGGAUACAUUACAUACUGUCGACGAAGACGCCCUGAGAGAACGCGGAACACUCACGGGAAUCAAGACGCUUCGCUCCAAGGGUAUGGCCGGCGGAACAAGCACUCCCGUCAGGUCGGACGAUGCUCCAGGCAGCUCAAAAAGGAACGGCAUUCGUUUCCCGAGGCAUGCAGUCAAGAUCCUUCGUGACUGGCUUGACGCCCAUGCACAUCAUCCCUAUCCAAGCGAGGAAGAGAAGGCAGAGCUCGAGACGCAGACGGAGCUGAAGCCUGCUCAGAUUGCUAACUGGCUUGCCAACGCCCGCAGAAGAAGAAAGGUCACGGAGAAAGCCAGACCAAAGGUUGCCAUGUCACCCAGCUUGCGCCCAACGACGUGUCCAAUCGAUAUCCCAAGCACGCCUGAGAAAACAUGGGACGACAUGAACCCCUUCGAAAGAUGGCAGCAUUCUCCACCUGAAAACGAACCCGCUGACUUGUCCGAUAUCGCCAACGCCAUCGCACAAAGUGAUAUACCGGCCGACCAUGUCUCCACAUCGCCUUCGACACUUGCUCGCUCGAAGCGACGCAAGGUGAGCAGCGAUGGCUCGGGCUGGUCAAAGGCACGAGCGCCGUCUUUGACUUCCCAGGAGACUGGUCAAACCUCAUCUCUAUCCGCAUCGACCAGCGCUAGGUUCUCCAACGGAUCAUCUCACUCAACACACGGCUCCUUUGGAUCCUUCAGCUCCAGCCUGGCUGGCAAGAAAGAUCGACGACGGCGAAGAAGGCCAGCUCCUCCAGCAGCCGGACGCAAACUCACAGACGAUAAGAAACGGAUUUUCCAAUGCACUUUCUGCACAGAUACAUUCAAGUCGAAAUACGACUGGACGAGGCAUGAGAAGUCUCUACAUCUCAGCUUAGAGAAGUGGAUGUGCGCUCCGCUUGGUCCGGUACUGACCGACCAAGAAUCCGGCAACAAGAAAUGCGUGUACUGCGAUCUUCACAAUCCGUCCAGCGACCAUCUAGAAUCUCACAAUCACCGACAGUGUGAGGAUAAGGGCCUUGAUGCCAGAACAUUCUACCGCAAAGAUCAUCUGCGACAGCACCUACGGUUGAUGCACGGUGGUGAGAUGACACCAGCCAUGGAUUCCUGGAAGUCCAUCGCUGUCAGCAUCAACAGUCGAUGUGGAUUCUGCGCGCAGAGAUUCACCGCGUGGCAAGAGCGUGUUGACCAUUUGACUGCUCACUUCAAAGCAGGUGCAAGAAUGUCUGAAUGGAAAGGCUGCAGAGGCUUAGACCCUGCCGUCGCUGCGCAAGUCACGAAUGCCAUGCCGCCAUACUUGAUCGGUAUCGAGUCGGUGAGCCCCAAUCCAUUUUCCGCAUCGAACAGAGCUUCAUGGCGACAAGUGCAAGAAUUUGGGGGAAUUACUGCUCCAAAGGAUGCUCACGACGAGAUGCAAGAUGCGCAUUGUGGCGGCAGUGGAUCCAAGUCCACGUGCUGGGAGAUUCUUACUGUGCGUCUGGGCAAGUAUGCAAAGAAGAUGGCGGAUGAAGGAAAGCGGAUGACGGAUGAGAUGCUGCAGUCCGAGGCACGACAAAUUCUUUACAACUCGGACGAUACUUGGAAUCAAACUGCGGCCGACAAUCCCGAAUGGCUCGAUCUGUUCAAGAAGGCCCACGGCCUCAAC